UUGAUGGUCUUCCGCGUUUACUUUUCGUAUGGCCAAAUAUUUUUGUAUAUUUGAAUCAGAAGUCAACAGUCCCAAAGAUUCAGCAUUCGCACCAAUCGCCUCUAAUAUCCGGAGUUCAGGGAAAAAUGAUGAAACUGAAUCCGAAACGGAUGAAAGGAGAUGCUUGGGACGAAGGUGGGAAGUCCGGAAUAGUGCAAAUUCUGAUUUCACAUGAAGAAGGAAAGAUAAAUUCGUUCCAAUUUGCAUAUGUUGAUCAAAAAGGGGACGUGCGUCAUUCAGAAAUCCAUGGACAACUCAAUGGUUGGAAAUUUAAUAUUGUAACAUUUGAUUACCCAUCAGAAUUUUUAACAUCAAUGAGUGGUUUAUAUGACUACCAAGGUCUUGUUACAAUUGCUUUUGGAAGCAAUAAACGCAUGUAUGGACCAUUUGGAAUGACCAAAAAAACCGGUGAUCCUCCUGAAUUUGCAGCUCUAGCCCCAUCUACUUAUGAUAAAUUCAACUAUGAAUUCGGACCAGGGGCUUUCUUUGCAGGAUUUCAUGGAAGUGUUCUCAGCUCGUCCGUGAAUGCCAUUGGAAUCUACAUUAACCCCAUAACAUCACUUGCUCAAGUCAAACCUGUCGAUUCGCAUAUCAACGAACAAGAACCCAACGAGGAACAGGUUGAAUCCAAUCCCAUUGACUCGCUUUCCGAACUCAACAUCAAAUAACAUGAACAAAUUAGCGUUUGUUGCAAGUGAUAAUGAGUGAUUAGGCUUGUAAGAUUUCGUAGCUGUUAUGAAUAAUGUAUGGCAUAUUGGCAUGUAUGUAUGGACAAGUUAUGUUCAAAUUUAUAUGACUGUUUAUUUUAUAUA